UUAUACGUGCAAAGAAAUAUAUUUUUUAUACAUUUUAAUUAGAGAUUGUCAGAAUAAAUCGUUUUUACGAAUACAGUAACAAUGUCUAACGCACAGGCGACAGUUACUGCUUACUUGGCAGCACAAAAGAAAACCGCAAACAAAGAUCUCGCUGCCGAAUGGACGCUUAUUGAAGAGUUGUACAAUGAGAAGUUGUGGAACGAGUUGACCAUCAAACUUAUUACUUUCGUGAAACACGAAUCGCUGCAAGAUGAGACAGCAUUGCUGCAGCUCUAUCAAAACUUUAUUGCUACCUUCGAAACAAAAAUAAAUCCCUAUGGUUUGAUCCAAAUACUCGAAGUGGUUGUGGAUAACAUUAGCGACAAACAGGAGGCGGUUGAAUUUCUGGAGAAAAUGAAGGACAAAGUAAAGAUUUGCGAUGAGGCUGUUUGGUACUUGCAGGUUAUGCAGGGCAACAUAUACCUCACUAAUCUGAAUGACUUGAAUGCAACCAAGAAAAUAAUUGAAGAGCUGCGCGAUGUCCUCGAGGAGGCGGGCAACGUGACACCCGUGCAUGGCAAAUACUAUAUGCUGGCAUCACAGUACUAUCGCCGUGUGGGCAAGCACAGUGAAUAUUAUCGUUGUGGACUGCAGUUUUUGGGAUGUUCGGUGGACAACUUCCCAAAGGAGCAGUGGCCACAGCAAGCAUUCUUCUUGGGACUUGCAGCACUUCUGGGUGAUGGCGUCUAUAAUAUUGGUGAACUGCUGGCUCAUCCUAUUUUGGAGUCUUUGCGCAACACAGAAAACGAAUGGCUGGUGGAGCUGUUGAAGGCAUUCAACACUGGUGACAUUAACAAAUUCAAUGACAUGAAGAAGAUUUGGUCAAAGAUCCCCGACCUGGCAGCACAGGAAGUUAAGCUACGCCAAAAAAUUUCACUACUCUGUCUUAUGGAAAUGACUUUCAAGCGUUCGGCCAUCGAGCGCGCCAUUUCGUUUGCAGACAUCGCCAAUGAAACCAAACUGCCUGCAAAGGAGGUUGAAUUUCUGAUUAUGAAGGCAUUGGCUUUAGAUCUUGUGCGUGGUGAGAUUGAUCAGGUGGCUGGAGUUGUCAACAUGUCUUGGGUGCAGCCACGUGUGCUGAAUCGCGAUCAGAUCGUAGGCAUGGCCGGCACACUGGACACGUGGAUGGGCGCCAUUACUAAUAUGGAGAAACUAAUGGAGAAUCGCGCCGCUGAAAUUCUUACAAAUUAAUUAUACAUAAGUUUGCCUCCUUGCAUUUAUGCUUUUUGUAUUAAACCAAGACAUGCAUAAUGCAACAUUAAAAA